CGGUACAGAAGCAUUGAUUGGAGUUAGAUAAUUGAGUCUACACGUGUCAUGUGGAGUACUACUUCUCAGUAAAAGCUUUUUCCACAUACCCCCUCUUUCUCUCUCUACUCUCUUCUCUCUCUUUCCCUCUCAAUCUCAGAAAGGCAGUAACCGAGGGGGGCAAAAGAAAAACCAACAGAGGGGGGCAUUAUUAUUAGCAGACAUAAUUUCACUUCGCCCCUUGUUCAUGGUGUUCUUCCAAUCCAAUUCUUGGUAAGAACCCUUCAUUUUCUUAUUCUUGAAGAGGGUUUUUUUUUUAGUUGCUGUAUCAAGAAAGUGUUCUUAGAGGAAUCUUGAAUCUUGAUUCUUUUUUUUCUUUUGGGAAGAAGUUGUUAAUAAUAAUAUAUAAAUAAAGAAAUCCAAUAUUAUUCAAGAGGCUGAGAAGGGUUGCCUUAGAUCCAUGAAAACCCAUGUUCCAUGUGGCAUAAAGUUUGAAUCUUUAAUGGAUUCCUCGUGAAUCUUGACAGGGGGGUUUUUUUUUUUUUUUUUUUUUUUUCCUUUUUCCUAGGUUCUUCCCCCACGAGUUUUAUCCCUUGUUGGACUUUUGGAUAAGUCUUUGAUUUUUAUUUUAUCCCUUUUUUUUUUCUCCUCCAUCUCCUAGAGUAUGUAUAAGGGUUGGUACUAGGAAAGAAUUGGUGUUAAAUUCUUUUCUAGAUUAGAAGAAUUUGUUUUAAGUAUUCAAAAAAAAAGUGAAAAAAAGAAAAAAAAAAAAUACUUUCUUUGUGGAAGAAGUGUGGAAGAUUAGAUCCUAUAUUUCAUUACUAGAUCUCAGUUGUUUCUUGUGUGUAUCUUUGAAAAAAAGAAGAAAAAAAGUGGUCUUGAUUCUUGUGGUCUAUUCUAUUACACUCCCUUUUGUUAGUUCUCAAGCUGAAUGCAUGUUCUUAAGAUUCUCCAAGUUUGUCUCUAUUGCUCUAAAACAAGAUGGAACAGAUUACACCUGCAGUUGCGGUUGCAGUUUCGCUUACCUUAGACAAUCCCGUUUCCGAAAACACGCCUCUUAAUCCAGACACAGAAAGUGCAACAAAACCCGAUAUGCUAGAAACUGGACUGGUGUCUGAAAACGUUCAAGAAAGUGAGGAAGACGAAAUUCUCUCAAUAACAACCGUAAAUUUACUACCACUCGAUCCUACUUCAAAUUUAGCCCUACCCUUAAAUACGGCUUCAGAAACCAGCUUACCGAUUGCAGUCGAAAUCGAGGGCACUGAAAACGGUCAAAUACUCGCCAAGGUCAUUAGCUUGGAAGAGAGAAGUAGCAAGCGGAGAUUAUCCGAUGAAGGGUGUUCGAGUAGUGGGCCCACUAUAAAGGCUUCGGUUGUUGCUGUCAAAUUAUCCAACGAAAAGGAUUCGAACAAAAGCGGUGUCAAGAGUGUCUUCGAAUUGGAUUGUCUCCCGCUAUGGGGUUCGGUUUCUGUUAUUGGGCAUAGGCCUGAGAUGGAAGAUUCUGUUAUGGCUGUACCCGAUUUUAUGAAAAUCCCGAUUAAGAUGUUUAUUGGUGAUAGUGGAAUAAAUGGAAUAAGUCAAACUUUGACUCACUUGACUUCGCAUUUCUUCGGUGUUUACGAUGGUCAUGGUGGAUCUCAGGUAGCGAAUUAUUGUCGAGAUAGAUUACACUUGGCUUUAGUGGAGGAGUUAAAAAACGUAAAAGAUAUCAACAAUGUUCCAAUAAACGGGAUUUCUGGAGACACUAGGCAGGUUCAGUGGGAGAAGGUCUUCACAGAUUGCUUUCUCAAAGUCGAUGAAGAAGUUUCCGGAAAGUCUCAAAGUGGGGCCCACUGCAAUUCCCAGCCCGUUGCGGCGGAAACCGUUGGAUCGACAGCUGUCGUUGCGGUUGUUUGUUCGUCACAUAUUAUAGUUGCCAACUGUGGAGAUUCGAGGGCUGUUCUUUACCGUGGUAAAGAAGUCGUUGCCCUAUCGGUUGAUCAUAAGCCGAAUCGAGAGGAUGAAUAUGCUAGAAUCGAAGCGUCUGGUGGCAAGGUUAUACCUUGGAAUGGGCACCGUGUUUUCGGUGUUCUCGCAAUGUCGAGAGCUAUAGGCGACAGAUAUCUGAAGCCAUGGAUAAUUCCGGAACCCGAGAUAAUGUUCGUGCCGCGCGCAAGAGAAGACGAGUGCCUCGUUUUAGCCACAGACGGUUUGUGGGAUGUUAUGACAAACGAGGAAGUGUGCGAAGUCGCUCGAAAAAGAAUCUUAAUUUGGCACAAAAAAAACGGGACCAAUUACCCAUUGGCCGACAGGGGGCGUGGGGUGGAUCUCGCUGCACAAGCUGCAGCUGAUUAUCUCUCGAACCUCGCCAUACAAAAGGGGAGCAAGGACAAUAUCUCGAUCAUCGUAGUCGAUUUGAAAGCUCAAAGAAAAUUCAAGUCCAAAUCUUGAAUUAAUGAUAUGAUGGUUGACCUUUUAAUUACUUUAUUGUGAUUUAGUUUUUUUUUUUUUUUAAUUUUAUUUUAAUAUAUAAGUAUGUUGCUCUUAUUAUUGCAUAGCAAAAAGUCCCAUUUAUUUUUCAUAUGGGAUUUUUAUGUUUGUUAAGUAUGAGAAAUUAGUUACAAUUAUGUAACAUAGAAAAAGUGAAAUGCAACUCUUGUUAGAAUUUUGGCACCUAAUUUCACACUGUAUAUUAGUAGAUUUUGGGCA